AGGAUAGGAAAAAAAAAAAACGGAAUUAAGCCAAUCACAGGCUUCUUUCACAUAUCCCUUUCUUCUUUAAUCAUUUUGUUAUUUAAAUUUUAUUCUUUGUUUUAUGUUUUUCAAGUUUCAACACUUUAUAAGGGCACAAGCUGAACUUUGCUUUUUUCCAGUGAAGAAUUCUGGUCACUGAAGAGAAACAACUCACCGGAGAGCCCCGCCGGCAAAUGGACGAGUUCUGGAGGAUGAGGAUGGGAUUGACAGCGGGGACCCCUCGCCGGCGGUCCAUGGAGGACCGUUCAUCUUCUCGCACAUGGCGGUCCAUCUUCGCUAGCGACAGUGCCUCCGAGACGGAAACGUUGGACCCCGAAGACUUCGCCGACGUCUUCGGCGGCCCGCCGAGGAGCCUACUUGCGCACAAGCUAGCAAAGACCAGUUCCUUCUAUGAGGAGAUUUUCCGGCCGUCGGAGUUCGCUUCUCAGGCGCGGGCGAAAGGCGGCAGGAGCUUGCCGGUGUUCCGCAUUCCGGCGAAGAGCAACGAGUUUUACAGCGGCGUGUUUGGGUCGGACGAUGAACGGAGGUCUAGGGAUCGGUCCCGGUCGGAAUCGAUGGCGAAAUCAAAGUCGAAUUCGUCAUCGGCCCUGAGUUCAGAGGACCUGAGCCCUCUCCGGCCGGCGAUCGGCGAUGAUGUGGCAUUGUCUUCUUUUGCUUCAAAGCUAAGGCCAAUUAGUGUCCCAUAUAGAUGGAACCCAUGCACCAUGAUGCCUGAGGAACACCUUAUUAAACAAGGGAAGCCAUUCUUUCAAUGCAAUGGCCAAUCAUGUGAAGUUCAAUAUCAAGAUAUUGAAUGCAAGGGGAAUUUCACGAGUUCCCUGUUUGGACUCUCAAGAAAAGUUUCCUCCCCAGAAACAAUUAGUCUUGGAUCUAAUUCAUGUCGAACCAUGAAAGUGACUGACGAAUUUGAACUUAGUUCCCCAUUUUCGGCUGUCUCCGGACUCUCUCAAGAGCCUGAUGCGAAAUCUUCGGUUCAUGAUAAUGUUCUUCCAGAAUUAGUUAUAGAGCCUGAUGAUGAUGAUGAAGUUAUGAGCUCCUAUGUCAUAGAGGUUAACUCCAGCACCAGAGAGGAACAUCGUGGAUCAGAAGCCAUUGAUGAAGCAAUUGCUUGGGCUAAAGAGAAGUUCCAAUCAAGAAAUUCUGAUGAAGAAUCAUGUUGGAGAAACAACGGGAAUGAACAAUCUACUGUAAUAGAAGGAAGUCAUGCUGCAGGUAAAUACCAUAAUGAAGGGUUCAGAAUAGUCAAGUCUCCAAAGAAGCUACAGAUAGAAACAGAGAAGUUGGAUAGAGAUGUAAGAUUGUGGUCAUGUGGCAAGGAAACUGACAUCCGGCUACUGCUUUCAACACUACAUCAUAUUCUAUGGCCAGAGAGCGGCUGGUAUGCCGUUCCAAUUAUGAGCCUAAUACACAGCUCACAAGUGAAGAAGGCAUAUCAGAGAGCAAGAUUGUGCCUCCAUCCUGACAAACUUAAGCAAAGAGGAGCAACACUUCUACAAAAGUACAUUGCUGAGAAGGCCUUUUCCAUUUUGCAGGGGAAGAAGAGCAUAGCGCUAUGCUCACUUAAGCUUUAAGAACGCUACGUUCUCCUGCAGCAUGACUCUCGGCGCUACGCUCCCUUUCAAAGAGCGCUGCGUUCUUUACCCAAGAAAGUUUUGUUAGCGAUGCGCACGCGUGGGUGACGCAUAUGCGUCGAAGUGGUGAUUUUUGGAAGACCACGCGUACGCGUGGAUGACGCGUACGCGUGGAUAUGAGCAGCGUUCUUCACCCAAGAGCGCCUGCGAGACUUUCAAAAGUGGGAUUGAAGAUGUGCCAUCGACGCGUACACGUCGGUGACGCGUACGCGUGGAAGUGGUGUUUGAGAAGAAUCACGCGAACGCGUGGACAAAGCGGCAGCGUAGAAGUGGUUUUCUGAAGCCACGCGUACGCGUGGAUGACGCGUGCGCGUGGGAGAGCGCAGUAAAGAGGACGCGUACGCGACUAUGCGUACGCGUGACAAGGACUGCAGAGAGUAAUGACGCGCACGCGUAGGUGACGCGUACGCGUCACAAGUGCCAAAUUGUUGAACGACGCGUACGCGUGGGUGACGCGUACGCGUCGAUGCCUGUGCGCUUCGUUUUCUUAAAGAGCACUACGUUCUCUUGGAGCAGGAUCUAAGUACCAAUCGAGAAGCCCAUUUUGAAGAGUUUCCAAGUACACCUUAAGAAGCAAGUACACUAGUAUAAAUAGAGGGCAUCUUGAAUUUUUGAGGGACUUUUUUCGGAACAUCUUCUGGAUCUUCUUUUCCACUUUCUUUUUCUUUUAGAUCUCUUUUGUACUUUUGCAUAUUUUGAAUUUUACUUUCUACUGAGACUCUGGAUCACUUUCCAGUUUCAUUUCUGUUUACAGUUUUAUUUUCUUUUCUGUUAUAUGCUUAGUUUAAUUUUCAAUUUGAGAAUUCUGUUUGAAUUUAGAGCUAUGAAUCACUAAACCCCAAUUUCACUAGGGGGAGGAGCUCUGUUGGUUUCAAUGAACUAAUGACUCUUCUUUUCCUCUCAAUUCAAGUGGAUUCAUCUAAGAGGAAACUCUUGUUCUUCACAGAUUCAAUUACUAUCGAGAGAGGGAUUGAAUCUAUUUGAAUUAUGUGAUGAACUUGAGAAAGGAGUCACAGAAGUCAGUUUAGAAUUCAUCCUUUCAUAAUUCUCUUGAUUGAUAUAUUCUGAGUUGGUAUGUGAGAUGUAACCACCCUGAAUUGAGAUCCCGAGAGUUGUGUGGCAUUCAGGAUUAGCUAUUGAUUUUCACCUCUUCUCAUAAGCAAUUAGAUCAAAAGAUUGCCAAUUGUUUGUGAUAAGAGAAAUUGAAUCACCAAGAGAUUGGGAUCCAAUUACUUACAAUCUGCCAUAGAUCUGUUUCCCAUGAUUGAGAAGGAAUUUAUCACCAUUAAUUCAUGAGAAAUCAAUAUCUCUGAUCCCUAGUGAUAUCACUCAUCAUCAAUCUUUACUUCUGUUCUUUUGAAUUUCUCAUUUUCCAGUAUCCGAUUCCCUUGUUUACAUUUCUGUAAUUUACCAUUUCUGCUAUUUACAUUCAACCUUUAAUUACUUGCAUUCUAAGUUUCAGUCAUUUACAUUUCAGUUCUUACAUUCCUGCAAUUACAUUUUCUGCUUACAUUUCAAGUCAUUUAUCUUAUCCUCUUUUAAUUUCAAUUAUUUAAAUUCCCUUGUCAUUUAUAUUCCUGCACUUUACUUUCAUGAUGAAUACAUCAAGAAACAACAAACUGUCUGCCUAAUUAGAUUAUCAUUCAACUAAAAUUGCUUAAUCCACCAAUUUUCGUGCGAUCGACCUCACUUUCAGUGAGUUUUAUUACUUGAUACGACCCGGUAUACUUGCCGGUAGUUCAUACGUGUGAAAUUAAUUUUUCGCCAUCACUUGGCACGCUUUUGUUCUGAGGAUAUAGUGCCUGGCACACUAUCAUUCCGAGGAUAUAGUGUCUGGCCCACUUGCAUGCUCAUUCCGAGGAUAUAGUGCCUAGCACACUCUUGCGGCAGAGAAGAAAAACAACAACAACAUAUAUUUCAUCAUAAAUCGUUCUAAGGAUAUAGUGCCUGGCACACUUUCCACAUUCAACAAGUCCAUCAACCUCAAAUCAUCACCAGUCAUCACCAUUGCUCAUCUCAAUCUACUUUCAAUUUUCAUUUCUCAACAUUCCAAGGAUAUAGUGCCUGGCACACUUUCCACAUGCAACAAGUCCAUCAACUUCAAAUUAUCACCAGUCAUCACCA